AUGAUGCACAGAGAAUCCUGUGCGUGUGGGACCGACAGUUUGGAACUGUUUAAAGUUCCCCCGACAAACGUCACUUUAGAAGACACUAAAUGGAUGGAAUAUUAUCCGAUUUCCAGUACGUUAAAUUCGGAUACGGCUCCCAUUGAAUUUGAAAUCAAAGGUCAAGGAGAUGAAUAUUUGGAUUUAUCUCAAUCGUAUCUCCAGAUGGUCUGUAAAUUCACCAAAGCAGACGGGACGGCUCUCACGGGAGCGGGUUCUACUUCCACCCCGGUCAAUAACAUCUUACAUUCCUUAUUCAGUGAAAUCGAUGUGAGUCUCAAUGGCAAAGUCAUUACCCCCGGAACGGAUACUUAUCCGUACAAAGCCUACUUGGAAAAAUGA